AAGAAAGAUAGGGCGUCGAUGGUGUUUAAGGAUGACUUGGUCAGGGGGAAAUAAGGCCCCGAUUUCGGCGGCUCUUUUUGGUGCGGAAUGGGCCCGAUUGUGGCUGCCAUCAAGCGGCGAUCGUGGUGGGGAACGAACGCGGGGCGGAGCGAGCUAUGCACAAACACGUCCGCCAGCGGGUGUUGAUAAUGCGGCCAAUUCCUCUUUUUUUGUCCUGAACUUCAUACAUCUAAGCUUUUUUGAACUUUGAAUCCUAGAAACUCGAAAAUUUUGAGCCUUUUGCGGGCUGUUUAUCAUGGUCUACACAGCUUCGUUCGCCUUCUUCGAGGCCAUCUGGGAAGCUGGAGUCACAUACUGCUUCGUGAACCUAGGAUCCGACCAUCCAAGUAUCAUUGAGGCUAUUGUCAAGGGUCAAAAUGAGAAGAAAGGCCAAUUCCCCAAGAUCAUAACCUGUCCGAACGAAAUGGUCGCCCUCUCUAUGGCUGAUGGCUACGCUCGCCUUACGAACAAGCCUCAAUGCGUUAUAGUCCACGUCGACGUCGGAACACAAGGUCUCGGAGCAGCAGUCCACAAUGCGUCUUGCGGUCGCGCACCCGUGCUCAUCUUCGCCGGCCUAUCCCCUUACACAAUUGAAGGAGAGAUGCGAGGUAGCAGGACCGAGUACAUACACUGGAUACAGGAUGUGCCGGACCAGAAGCAAAUUGUGUCCCAGUAUUGCCGAUACACUGGAGAAAUCAAGACUGGGAAGAAUGUCAAGCAAAUCGUAAAUCGGGCACUCUCAUUCGCCAUGAGCGAUCCCAAGGGUCCAGUCUACCUAUGCGGUGCUCGAGAGCCCAUGGAGGAGGAUCUCGAACCAUACAAGUUGGACCAAGCAUUCUGGAAUCCCGUCGAGCCUGCGGCGCUAUCAUCAAUCGCGGUCAAGACCAUCUCCGAGGCGCUCGUGAACGCUCAGGAACCGCUUGUGAUCACUGGAUACAGCGGGAGAAACCACCAUGCUGUUGCUGAAUUGGUCGAAUUGGCGGACAAUAUCAAGGGCCUCCGGGUACUUGACACUGGUGGAAGCGACAUGUGCUUCCCAGCAAAUCACCCAGCUUGGCUCGGACUCCGCUACGGCGUUGAGCCAGCAAUCAAAACCGCAGACGUAAUCCUCGUAAUCGACUGCGACGUCCCUUGGAUAAACACACAAUGCCACCCCAAGGAAAACGCCAAAGUGUUCCAUGUCGACGUCGACCCCAUGAAGCAGCAGAUACCAGUCUUCUACCUCAAAGCCCAUUACCGAUACCGCGCAGACAGCUUCACCUCUCUCAACCAGCUUAACGCUUAUCUCAAGACGUCUGACCUCAGUCAAAAACUAAGCAGCAAUCUAUACUCAGACAGAUGGGUUAAGCUCCGAGAAUCGCAUAAGAAAAAACUUGAGACGAUAGCGAGCGAAGCCAAGGUGGACGAUAACGGAAACUUUUCAACCCCCUAUCUUGCCCAGCAGCUGAAAAAGGCGUGUCCGAACGAUACCAUCUGGAUCAUCGAAGCAGUAACACAAACGGGCUUUGUAGCAGACCAGAUCCAAGCGACGCUGCCUGGCUCAUGGUUGAACUGCGGUGGUGGAGGUCUGGGAUGGAGCGGCGGUGCUGCUCUCGGCGUCAAACUAGCCACCGACACGGAAGGCAAAAAGAAGUUCGUCUGCCAGAUCGUCGGCGACGGCACCUACCUCUUCUCGGUCCCCGGGAGCGUGUACUGGAUAGCCGAGCGCUACAACAUUCCAAUCCUCACUAUCGUGCUGAACAACAAGGGCUGGAACGCUCCCCGGAAGUCGCUGCUCCUCGUGCACCCAGACGGUGCCGGGUCGAAGGCCAGCAACGAGGAACUGAACAUUUCGCUUGCGCCCACGCCGGAUUACUCUGGCAUCGCAAAGGCGGCGUCGGGUGGCAAGGUAUGGGCAGCGCAUGCAAGCACGGCGAAGGACCUAGAUAGGCUGCUGGCGGAGGCUGUGAAGGCUGUGCUAGGUGGCCAGAGCGCGGUGCUGGAUGCGCAUCUUGAUGGUCCCGAAGGAAAGUAUGGAGGAACUAAGUAAUCUGAAGCGUAUGGAAUUUUACAUCCUGUCCAGAUUAUUUCGAGUAUGUUGAGGCACCUCUUACGGUCGCGAACGAGGAGCAAAUCACAUGACAAGGCGUUGUGAACUAGGAAUCAUCGACCAGAACAUACAAUCGUCUAAUUUAGAGGGUAUGAAACUUUAAAUCCUGUUCAGAUUAUUCGAAACUUUACAUCCUGUUCAGAUCAUUUCGAGUAUGUCGAGGCACCUCAUACAGUCGUAAAUGAGCAGCAAAUCACAU